AUGUCGAUCCUGGCGCCGAAGCUGGGCGGCCUGGCGCCCGGCUUCGGCGCGACGCUGAAGGGGCCGAAGGCCGCCGUGCUGGGCGGCCUGGGCCUGCCCAUCAAGCCGCCAAGCAAGGCGCCCCCGCGAGAGGAGACGAUCCCGAAGGUGUUCCAGGAGCUCGACCAGGACAAGGACAAGUUCCUGAGCGAGAAGGAGAUGCAGACGUUCGCCCACAUGAUCUCCGUGGUCUUCAAGGACACCAUGAAGAGCUGGAAGCGGGACUACCCGGACGUCUGUUCCGACGGCGGGGCGGACCCGGCCAGCGGCAUCGGCGAGGAGCUCUUCACCAAGAUCGUGACGGACCAUUCCAGCAACGGCAUUUUUCUGAGCGACGCCGAGCUCCAGCUGUUCCUCGAUUCGAUGAUCUGCCGACAGGAGCUAAUCAAGGCCGUCUUCGACGCGUGCGACAAGAACGGCAGCGGUUGCCUCACCAGCGACAAGCUGCGGGCUUUUGCGGGACUGACCGGCUUCGAGGGCGACGAGGCGGAGUGGGACCAGGAGUACACCAAGCUCUGCAAGGAGCAGGCGGUGGACCUGUUCGCCGGCGUGGACCUCGAGGCGUUCUCGAAGAUCGUCAACGACCAGUCUGACGAGGGCGGCUGCUAUUGCACCGACGAGGAGCUGGAGACCAUGCUCAAGAGCAUGGAGAAGCCCCUGCCCGAAACGGCCGCGAAGAUCAUGACCAUGCGGGCGCUCCCGAAGAAGGGCGUCAUCAUCGCGCCCCCGAAGAAGGGGAGCAUCAUCAUGCCGCCGAAGGGGUUCGCAGGGAAGAUGCCCACGCAGAUCAUGCCGCAGACGGUGAAGGCCAAGCCGAGGGGGCCGCCCCCCCUGGACCCGGGCGCCAGGAAGGAGCUCUGCAAGCAGGUGUUCGCGGCGCUGGACAAGGACAAGGACGAGGUGCUCAAUGCCAGAGAGAUGAUGAACUUCGCUGUCUUCACCGGCUUCGACGGGACCGAGGAGGUGUGGAACGCCGCGUACAAGAGCCUGAUCGAGGGCCAUAAGGGUGACGUUAAGAAGGGGAUCGACGUAGAACUAUUCUGCGUCCUCAUGGACGACAAGAACGAGGAGACCGGGUGCUUCUGUGCGGACGGCGAGCUCAAGUCUGUACUGAACAAGAUCUUAGCAGCUGCGGUUAGGGACGAUUUGGUAAUGAAGAUCUUCAACGGCCUUGACUCUGACAGCGACGGGAAGCUGAACAGGCAGGAGAUGCGAAAGUUCGCUGAGUUUGGAGGUUUCGAGGGCUCAGAGGCGGUAUGGGCCGAAGAGUUCGACGGCAUAGUGCAGGACGCGGCAAACAAGGGGCCGAAGGAUGGCGUGGACCUCGCUUUCUUCAAGGUCAUUGUGAACGGGGAGUCCUUCGGAUCGUUCCCCGACGAGGAGCUGGGUAACAUGCUCAAGAAGUGGGCCCCGAUGCACGCUGCCAGGCCCGCUGGGCUGCUCGUGCCACGGGAGCAGCUCAUCACGUCGCUGUACGACGCCCUUGAUGCGGACCGGGACGGCAAGCUCAACAGCAGAGAAAUGCAGCGGUUUGCUGAAUUCGGUGGCUUCCAGGGUCCCGAGUCCCAGUGGCAGAACGAGUUCAAGGCUCUUGUCAAGGAGGCUGGGGUUACGGGGAUGGAGCUCGUCGACAACAUCCUCUUCAAGCAGCUCAUCAACGACCAGUCCUACGAGACAGGGAUGUUCACCACAGACGAAGAGAUCGUGUCCAUGCUUUCCAAGUUGGGACUGGAGUGCAAGGGGGAAAGCAUCGACAAGGCCGACAGGACAGACCUGACAGCGAAACUGUUCAACGCAAUCGACCAAGACAAGGACGGAAACCUGAAUUCUUCGGAGAUGCGGAUGUUCGCAGAGACGACAGGAUUUGUGGGGACUGCGGAGGAGUGGGCCGAGGCAUUCCAAGGCCUAUGUGCCGACGGGAAGAGGGACCCGAACGUCGGAGUUGAUCCGGUGUAUUUCUCGCAGAUGGUCAAUGACAAGAACGAGGAGGCCGGGACCUAUUGCACCAACGACGAGCUCAAGGAGUCUCUUCAGAAGGUGGAGUCCGGCGAGGUGUCCAAGGACAAGCCGAAGCUGGGAGAGCCUGCUCCAGUGAAGCAGGCGCCAGUCGUGGUUGCUCCUCCCGAGAAGGUCGACCCUAAGCGAAAGGCAAUCAUCGACGAGAUGUUCGGCCUGCUCGACAUCGACAAGGACGGCAAGCUGAACAAAGCCGAGAUGCAGAAGUUCGCGGAGCAGACUGGCUUCGAUGGCAGCGACGAGGAUUGGGCCGAAGGCUAUGCCGAGCUAUGCCGGGACUUCGCGGCCGACCCCGACGGCAUCAGCUGCCCGCUCUUCACACGGCUCGUCAACGAGCAGAACGAGGAGUCCGGCUGCUACUGCAACGACGAGGAGCUGAAGACGGUCUUCGAGGCGCUCAAGGCCGCCAAGGCCGGCUGA